AAGAACAUACAUAAAUGUAAAAUAUUUCAAAUACAGUUUAUACAUUAUUGUACAUUUGCGUUUGUUGGUAGAACACGAGGCCAACGAAAUCGAAGGCUAAAUUGAAUCAAACAUUGUGUUAAGUGAAGUUACCGACUGCCCUUCGAUGAGAAUGGUGCGCCCGAGUCGACGCAAGGGAAUCGAGGAGGUGUACGGCUCCAAGAUGGAUGCUUUGCAUCCGGUAAAGUCGGUAUCGAUUUCGCAUGCAGGUAUGACCAAAACAACCGCCAUGCGAGCUGAGAGAUCGGGUCCAGGCGGUGCAGUUGCCGUAGGAGGAGCCAUUAGCUCCCGGCAAGCCGAUGCUCGUACGCAGCGCAGUUUUGUCACCGAAAACGAUUACUAUAUAACCACCAAUCUGCCACUGACGGCGGCCAAUUUGCGGAAUGCCCCCGGCUCGAUGGCGCAGCCAUCUGCAUCUCUGAUGAUUCCCGGUCACGCCCAGCCGUCGCCCUACAACGCCAUCUCAUCGAGGCGCAACAACAUGUCUGUUAAGGCCAGUGCUCGUCAGCCUCCGAUCAACAAGGUGCCGCAUUUCAACAUGGCCGACGGCAAGAUGAACAAUAAUGUGUACAAUAUAGUAAAGCCAAAGGAGGGGCAUCGAAUGCAGCACCAAGGCAAGGGGAACACCCAGAGAGGCAACUUUCCCAUGGACGAUAAUGGCGAGUUCUCCGAAAAGGAGCUUAUGGUACCCCAGCAGCAGGAAAAUCAGGGAAAUAUGCGCCGCCACAACCAGCACUCUCAUGUCCACCAGAUGCAAAUGCAAAUGCAUUCCGGAGUGAUGCAACAUCCGCCGCAGCAUCAGCUCCACCAGCAGCAGAUGUCCAACCACAGUCAUCUUAAGCAGCAGCAGCAGCAACAGCACCACCAACAACAGCAGCCCCACCAUCCACAUCCGCAUCCACAUCCGCAUCCCCAUCCCCAUCAGAAGCACUCGCGUGGGCGGCAGCCGCUUCCGACGAGCAAGGUGCACGUGAGUACCGCCGAUGACGAUGAAGAGAAGGACGACGAUCCCGAGGAGUUCUUCGAGCUGAUACGCCAGACCGUCCAAACAGCCGUAGGAAACACCAUUUCUGAUGCUCUGUUUAAGAACUUUCGGGAUCUGAGCCACAAAUUCGAAAGGCUUUCGAGCGACUUAAAGCAAACAAACGAUAACCUGGACAAGCUGCAGGAGCAGGUCACCAGUAAGGUAAUUUAUUACGGCGAGGAGAACUCGCGGCACUUCCGCUACUUGUGCAUGAAGUCCGAGUACGAUAAAAUGUUCUACCAGCACCAAUCGAUGAUGGGUGGCAAGCCGACUCCGGAAAUGAUCAGUCUCUCAAAGGCAAGCCUGGCAGCAGCAGCUUCAGCUAGUAAAAAUCUGGGUUACAAGCCAUCGCUAGGGGUGAAGCAUGGCGCAGGCAAAGGGGUCAAGAAUCGCGGAAGAGUGCCCAGUAGCACCAAAAGGGACCUCAAUGAGACCACGCUGAAGAACUCCGGGGCUUAUCAGAGCACCUCCAAGACUCCAAGAGCACCUCAGCAGCCUGGCGUUGAGGUGCGCAAGUCAUCCUCGGACCACAGUUUGAUUGCCAAGUCCUCGGAGCUGGGCAUGCGCGAAGUACUGGGUCACAUAAAGCGCUUCUGCACCCAGAUGCAGCAGAACGAAACGGGUAGCCAGAUGGCCAACGAUCAGCUGCUUAACCUCGACGACAUUUUGGUUCCCAAGAAAGUUUCCAACGGCGGACUGUGCGAAGCGGGACCAAAGAAUCCCCGCAACAUUGCAGGCAGUCAGGGUGAUAACAAAGAAGAUGACACCGAGGUGGAAACCCCCGUAGACAGCAUGGACGAGACAUACAACGGGAUGGACGACUUUCAGUUCUCCUCGGAAAUUUCGUCCUGCAGCGAGGACGACAACUGUGGGCUCAAAUAUCCAAGUGGACCAGCUACAGCUCGUGGGCCACCCAAAUCGAAUCGAAGGACGGCCAACAAGGGCGCCGGAGAUGGUCAAUAAUGCAAAUACUCAUUUUACUAUAUAUUAUCUAACAGAUCAGAAAAAUCCCUGAACAUCGAAGCAUGAAGAAACAUUCCCCUGAAAACAUCUUAAUACAAGUAUAACAUACUUGUUAAAAUCUUUCUUUUGGAAUGUCCUAAAUUGUCAUCGAUAUACGGUAUCGAUAUAAAAAAUAGCUUUCAGUUUCGGACCAUAUAUAUAUUUCGGAAAAAUUGGCAAUAGCUUGUUAUUGCUUGUACCAUGUGUAUACAAUGUAUUCAUAUAACUUGUCUUGGGGAUCUGAAAAAAAACACGUUCAAAAUUGCGUUCAAA